AACAGGUCAAGUAAAAUGGCCUGGAAGGUAAUCAAAGGCGCAUUAGCGGCUUCCCAGCCUCAACGCUUGCCCUAGGUCUUUGGUCUUCAUCUUCUUCAGCUCUAGGGCUUGUUGAUAUUCGAUCUCGGAGAUGGCGGAUUCUCCUCUCAGAAGGACUUCAAGGUCCCCGUCCCCAUGGAGAGCCCAGUCAAGAUCGAGAUCCAGGUCAAAGACUCCGCCUAGGGCUAGGUCCCGGUCUCGUUCUAGAUCAAGAUCCUGGUCACGACGCAGACCAAGGUCCCGUUCAAGAAGCCGCGGCAGAUCAACGUCAAGAAGUUAUGGAAGGACUGAUGCCGUAAAUCCUGGGAAUACUCUCUAUGUUACUGGCCUAUCUUCAAGGGUUACUGAGAGGGACCUAGAAGAGCACUUUUCUAAGGAAGGAAAGGUUGCCUCAUGUUUUCUGGUGGUGGAGCCUCGUACACGUAUUUCCCGUGGUUUUGCUUUUGUUACCAUGGAUUCUGUUGAGGAUGCGAACCGCUGUAUCAAGUAUCUUAAUCAAUCUGUACUUGAAGGUCGCUAUAUUACAGUUGAGCAGUCACGGAGGAAAAAGCCUAGAACUCCUACACCAGGGCACUAUCUUGGUCUCAAGAGCACUAGAGACUAUGGGUACCGUGGCGAUCGUGGAAGGUACCGUGGUGGGUCAGGUCGUGAUGACUAUACUUAUCGUAGGUCUCCAAGGCGCUCACCAUACCGAGGUGGUCGGGAUGUAUCACUGCGGCACUCACCCUAUGGUGGAAGAUCUCGGGGGGACAGAUCAAGGUCCCUCCCUUACUCUCCUUAUGGCAGUCCAGACAGGAAGUAUGCUCGGGGAUCUAGGUGAUGCCAGCAAAGUUUGUUUAGUUUUAAGAUGCUGUGACUUUUCGAGUCUGCACUUAAAAAGUGUGAUAUAUAAUCGUUUUAGUCUGUAGGUUUAUCGUGUUUUAAGACUUCUAGUCGUCUGAUUAUCUUGAAAUUAAUUGGAAGCUCUGGGGAAGACUUUGGAAAGUGUUGUGAAUUUUAUAUUUGAACGCCUUUUCUUAUACAGAACCAUUUUGUUAGAUGCUUGCUUUCUAUACUACUGUUUAGUGGUGUUAAAGAAAUCUUUAUGCUCAA